UGGUACCCCACCAUAUAGAAAAUUGCCCCGCGUCACACGUUGACCGGAAGAGUCAGAACUCGCAUUAUCCGUCGUACGUUCCUUCUAUUAUUCAUUGCGAUUAUAAGGAAGAAGGAGCGUCUGCCAUUAUUAUUUGAGUUCCUCCCUCUUUCAACACCAAUUGACUCAAUCCUACCAGAAACAUCUUCAGAGAGUCGCAUCAUGUCUGAAGCUCCCGUCGACCCAGCCCAAGCUUCGGGUGCUGCCCCUCCGGCCGAAGGUGAAGGUUUUGCCCAGUCCAAGAAGGGAGCGAAGAAGGCCGAAGCCAAGGCGAAAAAGGAGGCCGAAAAGGCACGAAAGGCUGCUGAGAGAGAAGCUGCUGCCGCCGCCCAGAAAGCUGCUUCAGGUGGUAACGAGGAUCUCGCCAAGGACAAUUAUGGCGACAUCCUACCCUCUACGAAAGUCGCUGCCGACAAGGUACAACUUAAAAACUUAGGAGACGAACAUAUUGGAAAGACAGUGAAGCUACGAGCUUGGAUUCAAAAUGCCCGUAUGCAAGGAGCCAAGAUGGCCUUCGUCGAAUUACGAGAAGAGCGAAAUUGGACUAUACAAGGUGUUGUGUCUGCAAGUGCCGAGGGAACUCCGGUUAGUAAACAAAUGGUUAAAUGGAUUGGUGCGCUACGACUCGAAAGUUUUGUGCUCGUUGAAGCCACCGUCCAGAAGCCCCUAGAACCUGUUAAGAGUUGUCGCGUGAGCAACUACGAAUUCCACUUAACCAAGACUUACCUGAUUUCCCCUGGUCCUGAGGUGUUACCUCUGGGCCUCAACGCCGCCAACCGAGCUAUUGCAAGUUUCGAAGAUGAGGACCCCUCCCAGGCUGCGGCGGCACCCACUGAGGCUGUCGAGAAUCUUUCCUUAGCUGAAUCUGCUGCUGCGCCAUCUGCAAGCUUAUCUACGCAUCUAAAUAACCCCGCUAUGCACAAGCGAGCCCCUGUACAGCAAGCUAUCGCCGAUGUCCGAAUGACUGUACGCAAGCUUUUCAGUGAAUACCUCGAGUCCAAGAAUUUCGUCCAAUUUGAGGCGCCUUGCCUUAUCGGUGCCGCAUCCGAAGGUGGCGCAAACGUAUUCUCACUACCUUAUUUCGAAAAGCAAGCCUUCCUUGCGCAAUCGCCCCAAUUCUACAAGCAAAUUGAAAUUGCCGGUGGACGGAAGCGUGUCUACUGCAUAGGACCCGUAUUCCGAGCCGAGAACAGCAACACCCCGAGACACAUGACUGAGUUCACUGGUCUCGAUUUAGAAAUGGAAAUUGAAGAAAACUACCACGAGGUUAUUGACAUGAUCGAAGGCGUCAUGCUGUACAUCUUCCGAGGCCUCGAGCAACGAUGCAAGGAACAAAUCGAGCUGAUCCGCGCAAUCUACCCAUCCGACGAUUUCUUACUACCUGAGCCUGGAAAGGAAGUACGACUCACUUUUGCCGAGGGUCAGAAACUAUUGCGUGAGGAGGGACCGGAGGAGUUCCGCAACGUGUCCGAUGACGAGGACAUGAGCACGCCCCAAGAAAAGGCACUCGGUGCUCUUGUACGCAAGAAGUAUAAUACUGACUUCUACGUACUGGACAAGUUCCCCGAGGGAGCGCGUCCCUUUUAUACUAUCGAGGAUCCCGAGAAUCCUAAGGUCACUAAUGCCUACGAUUUCUUUAUGCGUGGCCAAGAAAUCUUGUCUGGUGGUCAGCGUAUCCACCGUCCUGACUUGCUAGAGGCGCGUAUACGCAAGAAGGGCAUUGACCCUGCCAGCCCUGGUAUCCGCGAAUAUGUCGAUGUGUUCCGAUCUGCGGGUGUGCCACCUCACGGUGGUGGUGGUAUCGGUUUGGACCGUGUGGUUGCGUGGUACCUGAACUUGCCUAGUGUACACUUGACAAGUUACUACCCCAGAACGCCGAAGAGGCUGUCACCUUAGAGUGUGGAAAAUGAUUGGUGUGAUUUGUAGAUGGGAUAUACCGAUGUGGUAGUUGAUACGAUAGAUACUAAGGGGACUAUAGAAGUCGAUGAAGAAUAAAAAAAGUCAUAGUAUUGGCACUUCCCAUUAACUGUGAACUACAAUACUGGAAGGACUAUAUUUCUAGGCUAUACCACGAAGCGAUCGCCAUGCAUGCUCU